CUGCUUAAUUGGUUCUUUCAGUUAUAAUCAGAUCGUUCGCUGUAGCGAGAGAGCUUCGGCAUUGGCUCAAGUCGGAGCUGGAGAACUAUCCGUGAACGGAGAAGGUUGCUGAUCUAAAUUAGGCGAAGACAGGAAAUGACGGAAUCGAGUCUGGAUCUGCAGGAAUCGGGCUGGGAGGAGCUCCGGAGGGAAGCUCGUAAAAUCGAAGGCGAUCUCGACGUUAAGCUCUCUUCAUACGCUAAGCUCGGCGCCAGGUUUACUCAAGGCGGGUAUGUUGACGCUGGGUCUCCAACCGUUGGAUCUGGAAGAUCAUGGAAGUCCAUGGAGAUGGAGAUUCAAUCGUUGCUUGAGAAGUUGUUGGACAUUAAUGAUUCCAUGAGUAGAUGUGCUGCUUCCGCUGCACCCACAACAUCGGUUACGCAAAAGCUUGCAAGGCACAGGGAUAUCCUCCAUGAAUAUACUCAGGAGUUUCGAAGAAUAAAAGGAAAUAUAAACUCGAUGAGAGAACACGCUGAGCUUUUGAGUUCUGUCAGGGAUGACAUAAGUGAAUAUAAGGCUUCUGGUAGUAUGUCACCAGGUGUGCAAGUGCUAAGGGAGAGAGCUUCAAUCCAUGGAAGUAUAUCCCAUAUUGAUGAAGUUAUAGGUCAAGCUCAAGCAACAAGAGCAGUUCUUGGUUCUCAGCGAUCUCUGUUUUCAGAUGUUCAAGGGAAAGUUAAAAAUCUGGGAGACAAAUUCCCAGUGAUUCGUGGCUUACUUGGCUCAAUUAAAAGGAGACGUUCUCGGGAUACACUUAUCCUCUCCGCUGUGAUUGCUGCUUGUACGUUGUUUCUAAUCAUCUACUGGCUCUCGAAAUAAAAAAAACAGUAUGUUCAUACACCUAAACUAUAAAAAACGAGCUUGCCUCUCGCAUCCUUAGAUCUAUUUUUUUUCAAGUUCUCUUCUUGCUAUUGUAUUUCGCCGUUUUGUUGGGUUAUGUGUUUGUAGGAUAUGAUAAUAUUACACCCUAAAUCAGAAAACAGCUUAAAAUUCAAAAAAAAAAAAAAAGGAAACACAUUUUUCACAACAUCAAAGAUCAAUCCAUGUGACAUCAGCCAG